AUGUCAAACAUUUUCGAAAUUAUUGAUAGUCUUGGACUCCCACGAGAAGAAUCGAAUAAGCUUCAAGCUUAUAUUAUUACGCGUAGGGAGGAGAGAACAGCAUUGUAUUCUGCACUCACAAGUUCCCGCAAGGCAGAUGAAGAUAGAUUGUGUCUUUUAAAAGAAUUCUUGAAGAAUAUAACUGCUGAUCCCGUCGCAGAAUUUGAAACCAAGCGCACUGUUGAGAAUUUGUUAUAUUUUUCGACUCUUGAAAUGUUUGAGGAAAAGCCAGAACAAAUCCCAAACCGUUUUGAAUUGCUAGACUGGCUUCAAGAGCCGUUUUCAAAACAGAUUUUAGUUCCCAAGAUGGUACACGAAAUUUACAUUCGAUCAAGCCUUUCCGAGCGAGAUUCGAAUAAAUUGUUUAGAAGUUCAGAUGAGUUCUCCUUUCGAGUGAUGAGCGAUAUCGUCAGUAUAAUUAAUCCACCAACAACUGGCAAUACCGAAGAUUCUUUUCAUUCACUUUGGGAUGCACUCAUCAUAAAACCUAUUAAACUUGCAUGCCCUAACGGAAAAUAUAAUCGAAAUUCGUCUUCUAACACAUCUACAAAAAAGUUUCGUCCUGACUUUUCAUAUACGUUGGAUGGUGCCUGCCUCGUAAGAGGAGAAGAAAAAGGUCCAAACACUGAUAACGAUCCAGCAGAAGAAUUGACAUCAAAGUUAAUAUGGACGUACGGACCUAGCCCCUACAUAUUCGGUUACUAUGCUCGUGGCUUCGAUGUGACUUACUGUUAUUUACAUAAUGAAGGUGAUCGGGUAUAUCGGAAAGAUUUAGUCAAUUACAAUCUUAAAACAUUACUUGGGCGUAUAAAUGCUUUCGUAAUCGGAAGAAACAUUGGUCGAUUAUUACCUCUUAUUCGUAAAGGCCUUGGCGAUUCUUUCCACAAAGAAUUUUAUAUAAUUCAUAGACCAAAUUCUGGAAAGACUAUUGAACUAAUGCAAAAUGUGGUGGUGAAACGCUACUCUAGAAAGGCGGAUUUUCCUGAGAAACUUGAGAAAAUUUACCGUGAGAUGGAUCAGAGACAAGUUCCUUACGUUGAUUACAUAGUUAGCAUUAACAAGGGGGAUAAUGGAAAGGUGCCAAAUAUUAUUUUUUCACCAAAGGGCAUGAUACACAGACCAAAUUCGGUGAAGCAACUGGUAAUUGCUUUAUAUUGUGUUUUAUCAGCUCUAAAG